UCGUGAAUAACUUCAUAAUUAUAUAACAAAAAAUGUCUGGACGUGGUAAAGGAGGAAAAGUUAAGGGAAAGGCAAAGUCCCGUUCAAAUCGUGCUGGAUUGCAGUUCCCAGUGGGUCGUAUCCAUCGUCUGCUCAGGAAGGGAAACUACGCCGAACGUGUUGGAGCUGGAGCUCCUGUUUACUUGGCAGCAGUGAUGGAAUAUUUGGCAGCUGAAGUGUUGGAGUUGGCAGGAAAUGCCGCUCGUGACAACAAGAAGACCAGAAUUAUCCCACGUCAUCUGCAGCUGGCUAUUCGUAAUGACGAAGAAUUGAAUAAGCUGCUGUCGGGUGUAACUAUAGCUCAAGGCGGAGUUUUGCCCAACAUCCAAGCUGUCCUGCUACCCAAGAAGACCGAGAAGAAAGCUUAAAUAAACAACGACAUGGAACUGCACUAAA